CUAUGAACAUCAGGAGAAUUGCUGGAAUCUGAGAAGAGACUUCUAAACAAAGGCCUAAAGUCAAAAAAUCUGCUUUCCUUCCUAAGAUUCAAAGAGAAAAAUAGGAGAUUUGACUGCAGACAACAGAGUUACAGGAAAUUUAAGGGUUCGAACACUAAACUUUUCCAACCGAAGAAAUCUUUGGAGAGUCAGAUUCAGCAGAUGAGGGAAGAAAGUUUGUACACAAAAUUGUUGCCUCAACUGAAUUUAACAGAACUCAAGGCAGAGGAUGCUCUAUUUAGCCCAAUAUUGAUCUCAUCUAGGAAAGGAAUUAAGGAUCAGAAGAGAACGGAAGGUUCAAAACCUGAGUUCUCUCAGGAGCCACUCCCUACAACCAGAGGUUUUGAACAGUCUUUAAUGUUUGAAAGGAGGCCCCAUAAAAAACAUUCGCUUAUGAAGAAGAUCAGAAGAAGUUUAAUGCAGCAGAAAUUGGACCAAGACUCAAAAGAAAAGCAAAAUGAGGAAAUGCUCAAACAUUUCAUGACCAUCUCAAUUACCGGGAAAGAAGAGCUACGCAACUCAAGCUUGGACAGCAAGGAGGAGAACAAAUCACGAUCGUUCCUGAAGAAGAGUACUAUGUCUACCCUAGUAAAUAAACCUGUCGUUUUGCCUGAUAAAUUGGUCAAGCGUUUUGUUAAAGGACGGAAUAAGAAAAUUGAAAAGAACUAAGCUCAACACUAGAAGGACUGAUAAAAAUAAUGACCUCCGUUGUGUCUGAGAUGCUCGACUCGAAAGAAUGAACACAGUAAUCG